AACCUCUAGAGGAAGAAGAAUCCCCAGCUCUUUCCCCCUCACGCAGACGGUGAAGCGCUCCGUCGUCUUACAUAACCAGCAGCUAACCGCCGUCUUCCUCUGUCGCCGGGGGACAAUGCGGGGAGCGUCCACCGGCAUCGUCUACGGCGGCCUCAAAUACCAGGCGAGAUGCAUCGCCGACGUCAAGGCCGACACCGACCACACCAGUUUCCUCGCCGGAACCCUCAGUCUCAAAGAAGAGAACGAGGUACAUCUGAUCCGGCUGUCGCCGCCGGGAUCGGAGCUCGUCUGCGAGGGGCUCUUCUACCACCCAAACGAGAUCUGGGACCUCAAAUCUUGCCCCUUUAACCCCAGAAUCUUCUCCACGGUGUUUACUUUGGGUGAAACAUAUGGAGCAUCAGUUUGGCAAAUUCCUGAGCUCAAUGGUCAGUCAAAUGCCCCGCAACUAGAACAACUUGUCUCCCUCAAUGAGCAUUCUUUCAAGAUUAAAUGUGUUCUUUGGUGGCCGUCGGGGAAGUAUGAUAAACUAAUUAGCAUUGACGAGGGAAAUCUUUUUCUUUGGAGCAUAGAUGCGUCAAACAAGAUGGCCAAGGUGAUAUCACAAGAAUCUGUUGGCAUGCUUCAUAACCUAUCAGGUGGAGCAUGGGACCCUCAUGAUCGAAAUGCUGUUGCUGGUAUAUGUGACUCAUCACUAGAAUUCUGGGAUCUUCGAACAAUGAAGAAGACUUCUUCAAUUGAGCAAGCACAUGCUAGGGAUGUUGAGUACAAUCCUAAAAAGCAGCAUUUACUUGUCACUGCAGAAGAUGUAUCUGGGAUCCGAUUAUGGGACCUUAGAAGACCUAAGUUUCCUGUGAAAGAACUCCCUGGGCAUGCACAUUGGACGUGGGUCAUCAGACACAAUCCUGAGUACAACGAGCUGAUUUUGAGUGCUGGCACAGAUUCAACUGUCAACUUGUGGUUGGCUCAUCCUCCUGGUGCUGAUGAUUCAAUAUCAGAAAGUCCUGUUGACUCACCAAAGCGACCAAAAGAUUCACUCCUCAACUCGUACACCGACUAUGAAGAUAGUGUAUACGGUCUUGCAUGGAGCACCCGGGAACCUUCAGUAUUUGCAUCAUUGUCAUAUGAUGGCAGGGUGGUAGUCGAAUCGGUGAAGUCGUAUAUUAGAAAGUGAAGGUUGUGAUCUUAUCCAGUAAGCAAACCACAUCAUAUAUCCUCGAAAAGAUUUUAGCAGAAAGUGUACCUAAACCAUGUCGGAUCAUGCUUUCUGCAGGGCACAUGAAGCUUAUGCUCGAUCAACAGUUCCAUUUCUAUAUUUGGACCUCUUUACAGUUUUUUUUACAAUUGGAGUUCCUUAAUUUCCAUCCUGCAAAUCUUAGAUUUGACGGUAUCAGUUCCUUCAUAUAAUAGCAUAAUUGCACUUACAAAUGUUCUUCUUAAUUCAGAUAUGACAUCGGUUAGUGCAAUAGCUCGAGGAAUGAUUGUGUUAUAGAGAAUUGGAUGAUUUGGAUUUUCCAUUAGACCAAGGCUUGUUUUGCAAAAAUAAGAGAGAUUUCUGAUUGUAA